CAGCAACACUCCCAGAACAUGACAUCAGCAACUGAUUUUGAUCACUUGGAGAUUCAGCCGCAGUAUAGUCGAAUCAAUGCUCGAUGGGAAGCCUCUGAUGAUGAGUUGGACAAUGACAACAGUUCUGCCAGGCUCUUUGAGAGAUCCCGGAUCAAAGCUCUAGCAGAUGAGCGGGAAGGUGUGCAAAAGAAAACUUUUACAAAAUGGGUGAACUCUCACCUGGCACGUGUAACCUGUCGCAUUUCAGAUCUUUAUAUGGACCUCAGAGAUGGACGAAUGCUAAUUAAAUUGCUGGAGGUGCUUUCUGGAGAGUUAUUGCCCAAGCCUACUAAAGGUCGUAUGCGAAUCCACUGUUUGGAAAAUGUGGACAAAGCCCUGCAAUUCCUCAAGGAGCAGCGUGUGCAUUUGGAAAACAUGGGGUCUCAUGAUAUCGUUGAUGGCAACCAUCGCUUGGUGCUGGGCCUCAUCUGGACAAUUAUCCUGCGCUUCCAGAUCCAGGAUAUCAUUGUUCAGACUCAAGAAGGCCGGGAAACCCGUUCAGCAAAGGACGCAUUAUUACUUUGGUGUCAAAUGAAAACUACAGGCUAUCCCCAUGUUAAUGUCACCAACUUCACCUCCAGCUGGAAGGAUGGUUUGGCUUUUAACGCUCUUAUUCACAAGCACAGGCCUGACCUAAUUGACUUUGAAAAAUUGAAACACUCAAAUGCCAGGCACAAUUUGGAACAUGCUUUCAGCGUAGCAGAGCGACAACUUGGUAUCACACAACUUCUUGAUCCAGAAGAUGUUUUUACGGAGAAUCCAGAUGAGAAAUCCAUUAUCACUUAUGUGGUUGCUUUCUAUCACUACUUUUCGAAAAUGAAGGUGCUUGCUGUGGAAGGGAAAAGAGUUGGAAAGGUAAUGGACCAUGCAAUGGAGACUGAGAAGAUGAUUGAUAAAUACAGUGGAUUGGCUUCAGACCUGCUGAUGUGGAUAGAACAGACCAUUACCAAUCUCAACAGCCGCAAGUUUGCUAAUUCUCUGACAGGCGUGCAGCAACAACUCCAGUACUUCAGUACAUAUCGCACAGUAGAAAAACCACCCAAAUUUCAAGAGAAGGGGAACUUAGAAGUUCUGCUUUUUACCAUCCAGUCCAGAAUGAGAGCCAACAAUCAGAAAGUGUAUACUCCUCAUGAAGGAAAACUCGUGUCUGACAUCAACAGGGCCUGGGAGAAGUUGGAAAAGGCAGAGCAUGAACGGGAACUAGCACUGAGAAAUGAGCUUAUAAGGCAGGAGAAGCUGGAGCAGCUUGCCCGACGCUUUGAUCGCAAGGCCGCAAUGAGAGAGACCUGGCUUAGCGAAAAUCAGCGCCUUGUGGCACAGGAUAACUUUGGAAAUGAUUUGCCAGCUGUGGAGGCAGCAAAGAAGAAGCAUGAAGCCAUUGAAACUGACACAGCUGCCUAUAAAGAACGGGUGCAGGCCAUAGAGGAGGUGGCCAAAGAACUGGAGGUAGAGAAUUACCAUGACAUCAAGCGCAUCAAUGCUCGCAAGGACAGUAUCCUGCGACUAUGGGAGUACCUCUUGGAACUGCUGCAAGCCCGGCGCCAGAGGCUGGAGAUGAAUCUGACACUGCAACAGCUGUUUCAGGACAUGCUGCAUAGCAUUGACUGGAUAGAUGAGAUGAAAGUAAAACUUUCAUCUCCUGAAACUGGCAAGCAUCUGUUGGAAGCAGAAGACUUGCUUCAGAAGCAUAAGUUGAUGGAGGCUGACAUGGCUAUUCGGGCAGAGAAGAUUCAUGCUGUCAAUGCAGCUGCCCUUAAAUUUGCCAAUGGAGAUUGUUAUCAGCCAUGCGAUCCCAAAAUUAUUCGUGAUCGUGUAAACCUCCUGGAGCUAUACUACCAAGAGCUGAUUGCUUUAGCUGCAAAGAGGAAAGCUCGUCUUAAGCAAUCCAAGCGCCAGUGGAAGUUCUUUUGGGAAUUGGAUGAAGCUGAAAGUUGGAUCAGGGAGAAAGAGCAGAUCUAUUCUUCCCUGGACUAUGGAAAAGACCUCACCAGUAUCCUCAUUUUACAGAGGAAACAUAAAGCUUUUGAAGAUGAGCUACGUGGCUUAGGGGCUCACCUGAAGCAGACCAUCAAGGAGGGAGAAAGCAUGAUUGCUGAGAAGCAUUUUGGAGCAUCAAAAAUCUGCAGCAGGAUUGAGGAAGUGAAAGCUCUCUGGGCCCAGUUGCAGGAAUUGGCAGCUUUCCGCAAGAAGAACUUACAUGAUGCAGAAAGCUUUUUCCAAUUCCAGGUAGAUGCAGAUGACUUGAUGGCCUGGCUCCAAGAUGCUAAUCGGCUAGUAUCCAGUGAUGAUGUGGGGCAUGAUGAAUAUUCCACUCAAGCCCUGGUUAAAAAGCACAGAGAUCUCCUGGAUGAGGUAGCAAACAAUAAGAAAAUUAUGGACAACCUGAAUAGGCAAGCACAGAGCUUUCCUGCUGAAUUCCGGGAUGUUCCAGGAUUUGAGAACAGACUCAAGGCUAUCCAGACCAUGUAUAAUGAGGUGGUGUCUCUAGCAGAUCUGCGCAGGCAGAAGCUACAGGAUGCUUUGGAUCUCUAUACUAUAUUAAGCGAGACUGAUGCAUGUGAACUUUGGAUGAGCGAAAAAGAGAAAUGGCUGGAACAUAUGGAGAUUCCUGAUACCUUGGAAGAUCUGGAUGUUGUACAACAUAGAUUUGAUAUUUUGGAACAAGAAAUAAACAGCCUGGCUUCUCAGGUUGAAGGGGUCAAUAGAGCUGCUAGUGCCCUAAUAGAAAGUGGCCAUCCACGAAGUGGGAAAGUGAGGCAGUGCCAAGAGCAUCUGAAUGCCAGGUGGAAGGUCUUCCAGGAAAUGGUGGCUCAAAGGCGAAAAGCUGUUGAUUUUGCUCUUAGCCUCCACAAUUAUUGUGUUGAUUGUGAGGAGACCAGGAAAUGGAUCCUGGAAAAAAACAAAGUCAUUGAAUCUACACAAGACCUUGGUAAAAACCUGGCAGGCAUGAUUGCCAUGCAGAGGAAAUCGUAUGGCAUUGAACGUGACCUAGCAGCUAUUCAAGCCAGGCUUGCCAUCCUGCAGAAGGAGGCCCAUCGGCUUGCUGAAGAGCAGCCCGAUCUAGCUGAUGAUAUCUAUAGUCGACUAACAGCUGUCUCUGGAGUCUGGCUGGACCUCCAAAAUACUUUACAGUCCCAGGAGGCUUCCCUUGGAGAGGCUAGCAAGUUGCACAAGUUUUUGCAAGACUUAGACGACUUCCAAGCGUGGCUCUUCAAGGCACAAAAAGCUGUUGCUUCAGAAGAGGUGCCCAACUCCUUGGCAGAAGCUGAGCAUCUCUUGCAGCAUCAUGCUGCAAUUAAGGAAGAGAUUGAUCAACACAAGGAUGUUUAUAGCAACGUUAAGAAGAUAGGAGAUAGGGUGACUCAGGGUCAGACAGAUACAGAGUAUCAGCAGCUGGAGCAGCGACUGCAGGGCAUGGAGACCGGCUGGAAUGCUUUAUGUAAAAUGUGGGAUAGUAGGGAGAAAUUCCUCAACCAGUGUCUUGGCUUCCAAGAAUUUCUUAAAGAUGCAAAACAAUCAGAAAUCAUUCUUACCAAUCAGGAAUAUACACUAGCUCACACUGAGCCACCAGACACCUUAGAAGCAUCGGAAGCUGUUAUACGGAAAUUUGAAGAUUUUCUCACUAAUAUGGCAGCUAAUGAAGAAAAGGUAACUGGCUUGAUAGAAACCGGGAGCAAGCUUGCUGCUGACGGGAACAUUUACUCUGACAAAAUUAUGGAAAAAGUUCAGCUGAUUCAAGAAAGACACAGGGCUAAUGUCACAAAAUCACAAGAGGCGUUUGUGUUACUGAAGGACAAUAAUGACCUGCAGAAUUUCCUACAAAAUUGCCAAGAGCUUACCAUGUGGAUUGAAGAAAAGUUGCUUACUGCUCAAGAUACAUCAUAUGAUGAAGCACGGAAUUUGCACAGCAAAUGGCUGAAGCAUCAGGCUUUUAUGGCAGAACUUGCUUCCAAUCAAGGAUGGCUAGAAAAGCUGGAUGAGGAAGGACAACAGUUGGCAAAGCAAAAGCCCCAGUAUGCAGAUAUUGUGUUCCAGAAGCUAGAGGCACUUCAUCAACGUUGGGAUAUGCUGCAAGCAACCACAGAGGAAAAGGCACAGCUCCUGUUCGAUGCUAACCGCUCUGACCUUUAUGCACAGAGCUAUGCUGACCUUAGUGCUUGGAUCAGUGAGAUAGAGGAACAGUUAAAAUCUGAUGUCCAAGGGAAAGAUCUCACAAGUGUUAACAUUCUUCUAAAGAACUUGAAAGUAAUCGAUCUGGAUGAGCAAGUCAGCUUGCGGAAGAAAGAGAUGGAAGGCUUACUUUCUCAGGGCCCUCCAGUUAAGAGAGACAUGGAUGAAGUGGACAGCAAGCAUAAGAUCAUUGAAAGGCGAUUCCAGGACCUUCUACAGCCUUUGGGUAGGAAGAGGAAAGAACUGGAGAUGGCUAAGGCUGGAUAUCAGUUGGACCGGGAUUUGGCGGAUGAAUUGCUUUGGGUGCAAGAACGACUCCCUCUUGCUCAGUCCACUGACCACGGCACAAAUCUUUUGUCAGUCCAGCUACUUACAAAGAAAAACCAAACCCUGCAGAAAGAAAUUACUGGUCAUGCCCCACGAAUUGAGGAAGUUGUUGCUAGAGGGGAGAGCAUGUUGGCUAAAGCUGAAGGGAAUGGGGACUUUAGAGACACAGAAGAAUGUCUCAAGCAGUUAGAGGUUUCCUGGAGCACCUUACAAGAGGAAACUUUGAAGAGGCUGAAGCGCCUAGAAGAAGCCAGUGAGGCUCAGCGAUACUAUUUAGAUGCUGGAGAAGCACAGGCCUGGAUAAGUGAACAGGAGCUUUAUAUAGGGACAGAUGAGAAGCCAAAGGAUGAAGAGAGUGGCAUUGUGAUGCUGAAAAGACACCUUCGUCAGCAGCGAUCCAUAGACGAAUAUGGAAAAAACAUUAAGCAGCUGGCCAGUCGGGCUCAGAAACUGCUAGCUGCUGGCCACCCAGAAGGAGAAGAUAUCAUCCGAUUGCAAGGGCAAGUUGAUAAGCAGUAUGCAGGGUUGAAAGACCUGGCUGAGGAACGCAGACGUAAAGUAGAACUUGCAUAUCACCUGUUCAAACUGAAGCGAGAAGUUGAUGAUCUGGAGCAGUGGAUUGCAGAGAGAGAUGUAAUCGCAUCAUCCCCAGAGAUGGGUCAAGACCUCGACCAUGCCACUCUCCUGCGGGAAAAGUUCCGUGACUUCGCCCGUGAAACAGGAAACCUGGGACAGGAGUGGGUGAACAAUGUCACCCACAGAACUGAUCAGCUGAUUGAUAUCCACCCAGAAGCUGCCACGAUUGCAGAGUGGAGGGAUGGUUUGAAUGAGAGCUGGGCUGACCUGCUUGAGUUGAUUGACACCAGAAUGCAGUUGUUGACAGCCUCCUAUGAUCUGCAUAAGUUCUUUUAUGAUGGUAGUGAGAUCCAGGUUCUUAUUGAAGAGAAGCACAAGGAGCUGCCCGAGGAGUUGGGCCGAGAUGUCAAUACAGCCGAGUCCUUCCACAGGAUGCACAAAGCCUUUGAGAGGGAUAUUCAUCUGUUGGGAGUGAAGGUUCAGCGUUUUCAGGAAGUGGCAGCACGCCUGCUGGCAGCCUAUGCUGGAGAAAAGGCCAUGGCCAUCCAGAAGCAAGAACAGGAGGUGGUAAAAGCUUGGAAAGCCUUGCUGGAGGCUUGCGAGGGGCGACGGGCUCAAUUAGUUGAUACAGCCGAGAAGUUCCGCUUCUUCAGCAUGGUGCGAGAUCUCAUGUCCUGGAUGGAAAAUGUGAUCCGGCAGAUUGAUACCCAGGAGAAGCCCAGGGAUGUGUCAUCUGUGGAAUUGUUGAUGAAAUACCAUCAGGACAUAAAGUCUGAGAUAGCCACUAGGGAUAAAAGUUUCACUGCCUGCAUCGAUCUUGGGAAAGCUUUACUGCAGCGCAAACACCAUGGUGCAGCUGAGAUAAAGGAGAAGUUGCUACAACUGACAGAGAAGAGGAGGGAGAUGAUGGAAAAGUGGGACAGACGCUGGGACUGGCUUCGCUUGUUGCUAGAGGUGUGUCAGUUUUCCAGAGAUGCUUCAGUGGCUGAGGCUUGGCUCAUUGCCCAGGAAUCCUACCUGUUUAGUGGUGAUUAUGGGCAAACUGUGGAAGGUGUAGAGAAACUGUUGAAAAGGCACGAAGCAUUUGAGAAAUCCACAGCAACAUGGGAGGAGCGUUUUGCUGCACUAGAACGUCUCACAACACUUGAAUUACUGAGGAAGAGAAAAAUUUCAGAGGAGUCUUCACAGCACAAAGUAGCUAAGACUACGGACCUGGAAUUUGACUUUGAGUUAGAGCCAGAAUGUGAGAUCAGGCCUACUGAAAAGGAUGGGAAGAAGGAACUAAGUUUAGAAGAUGCCCUUUCCCAUGCUGCAGAAGAUUCAUCACUGCAGGUGCAAGAUGAUGAGACAGGUCAUGACAUUGCACCAGAAGAGCUGUCUGAAGACAAACUACCUGAGACAGAGCUUAACAUGGACACUGAAGAAACCUCCACCAAGGAAUCUCUUUUUAAAGUGGUCCAGACCCCUGUGAGUGAGAUUGAUGAGACAGCAACCCUCCCAGCACAGAUGGAUAGAUCUCAUAGUGUGCAACUUGAGGGUUACUUGGGGCGGAAGCAUGACCUAGAAGCACCUAACAAGAGGGCUUCCAACAGGUCCUGGAAUACAUUAUACUGCGUGCUCAGGAACAAUGAGCUGACCUUCUAUAAGGAUGCCAAGAGCUUGGCUUUAGGUGUGCCUUACCAUGGAGAGGAGCCUUUCCGACUGAAGAAUGCCCUCUGUGAAGUAGCUGCAGAUUACAAGAAGAAGAAACAUGUCUUCAAGCUGAGACUCAGCAAUGGGAGUGAAUGGCUCUUCCAUGGCAAAGAUGAGGAUGAGAUGCACACCUGGCUCCUGGGAUUCAGCACAGCAAUAAUUGACUCCCAAAGCAUUAAAUCCAAGGCUCAGAGCCUCCCUCUGCCUCCCAUCACCACCACCACAGAUGUGAACCUGACCAAGAAAGACAAAGAGAAGAGAUUCAGCUUCUUUCCCAAAAAGAAGUAG